AUGGCUUCCGUCGGUAAUUGCUUCCGUAGGUUCAUGAGCGUGAUCACUGCCGUUUUAUUGGCUUUGAGUACAACCAUUUACGCCGUGUGCCUUUCAGUGGUUGUGUUUCGUGAAGUGAAGCGGGACCGUUUCACCGUAUUUCAUAUGCUCAGCGUUGCUUUCUGUAGUCUUUCUCUCUUUUGCUACGCCGCGCUGCAUUGCAUUAGCCUGAAGCAGCGGUAUUUGCUGUACAUCAUUACCUUCGUGUUGUUAAUAACAUUUGGCUUCCUCACUCAUUCCACCGGUCUGACGUUACUUGUCGUUUUGGACUGCCGCGACUUGGGAAUUCUCAACCACUCGGAGUUUUUUGAUGCGUUGAAUAACCCAGCGGAGCUAACCUCCAUGCUGAAUGAAUCGGGGACUAUUGAUAAUGAAACAGCAGUGAUUGGAAAGUCGGGAAGAGCCGUGCAUAGCUGUUCGUUGCAUUCCAUGGUGGUAUUUGCUGCCUGUGUUACGGCAUUGUUUCAAAUGCUCGCAUUGUUUGAUGUGCAGAAGGUUCUGGUGGAAAAAACUAAGAAGAAAAUGUAUAAUGUUGAUGUUUGUGGAGUGCCUUGCGUUAAAUGA